AUGAGGAUUGCGGUGGCCGGUACUGGCGGCCUUGCUCGUCUGAUCGCCCACUACAUAGACGAGGACACAAGUCACCAUGUCGUCUUCUUGUCGAGAAGCCAACAACCACAGCUUAGCAGUGCUGGCUAUCAGGUCGCGGUAAUCGACUACAGCGAGCCUGAAACGCUGCGCUUUGCAUUACGAGGAAUCGACACAGUCAUAUCGACUGUAACAGGUCCGAAUCAAAUACAGCUGAUACAAGCUGCUGUUGCUGCACGCGUUCGACGGUUUGCUCCAGCAGAAUUUGAAGGUCCUCCUCGACUACGAGCAGCGAACGACCCAUUAGACCGCGGACGGAGCGUCGCCCGCCAGUGGCUCAACCACUAUGCGCAAAACAUACAAUCUACGGCAUUCGUCUGCGGAAUCCUAUAUGAGAGAUUCCAACCAGGAGGAUUGGCUCAAUCGCAGAUAGGGAUGGCCUCUGGUUUCAGCGGCGAGGGAGACUAUAUCAUGAACUGCAGACUCAUGACAGCACAAGCUCCAGCAUACGAUCACAACAACGAGCCGAAUGCAACAAUCUGCAUGACCGCAGCACAAGACGUGGCACGGUUUGUCACGCAGUCGUUGGAUCUGCGGACGUGGCCGUCUGAGCUGCGAAUGCAUGGCCAACGCAUCCAGGUCAAAGAUUUCGUUCUGCAGGUUCAGCGACUGACCGGACGGCCUUUCGACAUACAGUGGCACGGUCCAGUCACCCUCAGGGCCGAAAUGCAAGUCGCCGUGGCCCAGAACGAUAACGCAAGGCAGACACGACUUCGAACCUUGAUGAACACUUGCGAAGGACGAUAUGAUUUCGACCACUCGAACCUCAAUCAAAUGUUUGGCGACAUCCAGCCGAUCGACUUUGACAUGUGGUUCACGGCGAAAUGGAACCCUCAGCAACUGUGA